GGAAGUCAAAAUGUAAUACACUCUCAUCACGAGAUUCAAUCAUUUAUGUACUCAAUAAUUCUUUCUUUUUUUUUGGUUUCUCUUAUUUUCCUAAAUAACAAAAUAAUAACCCCAUAACUGUAACUGUCGUGGAGCCUAAAAGUUUGAAGUAUUUAACCGAAAGUAGCAAAAAAAGUGCAUGAAGCUUUGCUUAAAAGAUUUGAAAAGUACUUCCUGAUUCAGCCUGACGCUUGGGAUGCUGUUAUUGCCGCUAUUUCUGUCCCUGACAUUAAGUUGCGAUUUGUGAAAGCUCUUUUAGAAACAGCUAAAACGCAAACAGAAGAGGAAGUUAAAAAAAUGUUCAACACUUAUGUGGUCAAGUAUGGAAAAGUAGCCUGUGCCAAAACUCGUAUUCUACCUCAACCACCUCAAAAAACAUUUUUUGACUUCGGGGAUGAAAGUAAUGAUAUUAGCAUACAAUGUGGUUCCACUGACUCGGAAAAUUAUCUGCAAGAAACGCUAUUAUACCUGGCCGAACGAGAAGAAACAACAAGUUGCCUAAAUAAAUAUCAGGCUAUUAAAAACGUAUUUUUAAAAUAUAAUACCCCAUUACCGUCAUCUGCACCUGUAGAACGGUUGUUUUCAUUCGCUGGAAUUGUAAAUCAGUCUAGAAGGCAAAAACUCAGCGAUGCAAAUUUUGAAAUGCUUGUGUUAAGUUCACAGGAUGUGACGGCUGUUGAGGUGGACGCCACUGACGGAGUUAGAAUAAUACUGGUUUGA